GUAACACAUUUUACUGUGAUGUCCUGAUUUUCUCUUUAUAAAAUUACAUCUCUCUAAAUGCACACAGUAAAUUUCAAUUAAGUAUAUCUAAAUUAGAGGAAAAAUUGCAUAUUAUUUCUUAACUUCAUAGUUGAAGAGAAUAAUGCUCAAUUUAUACCUUUUAUUUAUAUAUAUAAAUAACGUAAAUACUAAUUUUUUUUAGAAGUAAUUAUACUCUCCUCCAUUUUUUUAAUUACUUUACUCUCUUUAUUAAUAUACAUCAUAUAACCGACAUAUACAUAACAUUCUGUGUUGUGUAUAUGUUGGGAUUUUUAUAAUAUAUUUAGGGAGUUGAAUUUUUUGUAAUAUUAAAAAUAUAAGUUGUGUAUUUGUGUAAUUUUUAUUUUUUUUUAUUUUUUUUUUUAAAAAGAACGAUUAGGCCAGUUCAUUCCUAAUUUUCAUCAGCAAGGAACAAUCUAGAAGAAAGAAGGAACAAACCAAUAAUCUUUCACAUGCAAAUUUACAAUUGUACCCCUUUAAUUGCCCUUUUUGGACUGCUUCACCAAACAACCUACACAGCACUAUUCUCUUCUUCAACUGUGAAGUGCCUACUCCUCUUUCCUUAUCCAUGGCAUCUACCUUCCUUACAUUCGCUAAACCCUUCACUCCCCACUCCACAAAUCUUCCUUCCUUUUCUACCCAAACACCCAUUGGUCUGAAGAGAAAUUCUUUGAGAAUUAAUGCCAUUUCCAAAAAAUGGGAACCCACCAAGGUUUUGCCACAAGCUGAUAGAGUUUUGAUUCGGCUAGAGGAGUUGCCUGAGAAAUCUGCUGGUGGAGUUUUGCUUCCAAAAUCGGCAGUGACGUUUGAGCGCUAUCUUAUGGGAGAAGUUCUUUCUGUUGGUUCUGAUGUUGCCCAAGUAGAAAAGGGGAAGAAGGUUCUUUUCUCUGACAUCAACGCUUACGAGGUGGAUUUGGGAACUGAUGCAAGGCAUUGUUUCUGCAAGGAAAGCGAGUUGCUGGCUUUGGUUGAAUGAAGUCUCUCCCAUUUCCAUUAUUGUUAUUUUAGGGCGCUAAGUUUUGUCAGGUUCUUAGUCAAAAAGACAUUCAGACCGCGGGAUUUGUUGUAAAAUCUCAUCUUUUGUAGAACAAAAAUGUUGAGAUUCAAACGUUCGGUGGCAUUUUUCUGAUUUACAGGUCAAAGUGUUGAGAUUGGGUUA